AUGAGAUUCUUCACGUCUCUCUUCCUCGUCCUUGUGGGAGCUGCUGCUGCUUCCCCCUUAAUGGAGCGCCAGGAUGACCCUGAUUGCUACGACAUUUGCUUCAGUGGACCUCUGCCAUGUCCUUCAAAUAGAGUUUCCAAGGAAAUAGAUGGCUGCUGGACUUGCUGCCUUGUGUGA